AUGGUAUAUAUGGGAACUGAUCCACCACCACCGAGACCUAGGACUUUCGUGAUCUUCUCCAGAUCUGCAAAAUAUGACUAUGAAUGGUUGGAGAAAUUGCUGAAAUCACCAAAAUGCCAGGAUUUUGUGAAUGAUGUCAGAGCGUUUUAUAUAUCUAACAAAGGAUAUGAAGAUUUUUAUAAAGAGGUCGCUAAUUGCACCUUUGGGAUCCUGUAUCACACCAAGAACAGAGGGAGAGUCAAUAUCACCGACGUCACCGACUCCUUGUAUGACAUGGAAAUAGAAUAUAUGUCAUCUGCACUUGGACGGUGUAACGUUUUAGUGGUGAUAGAUGACCUCAAGGACAGCGGAUUAAAGGAAAAGGAGAGGAUUCUGUACACUCAGCCCAGCAUCCACAAAUACUCCCGCAAUCUGCUACUUGUCACCCCGGAGGAGAAGAAGGAUGAAGCAAAGCUCCUGUCCAAGUUGAUGGAAGUAUUUAUGUCCCCCGCGAUGGAGGAACCAGAAAUACUAAAAGGAGCAUACAAAGAAGCAUUAGUUGGAGAGCAGGGAGACACAACAUCAGUCGUAGAGAAGGCCGCAACGACAUCAGUCAUAGAGAAGGACGCAAAAACAUCAGUCGUAGAGAAAGACGCAACGACAUCAGUUGUAGAGAAGGACGCAAAAACAUCAGUUGUAGAGAAGGACGCAAAAACAUCAGUCGUAGAGAAGGACGCAACCACAUCAGUUGUAGAGAAGGACGCAACAACAUCAGUUGUACAGAAGGACGCAACAACAUCAGUCAUAGAAAAGGAUGCAACGACAUCAGUCGUAGAGAAGGACGCAACCACAUCAGUCGUAGAGAAGGACGCAACCACAUCAGUCGUAGAGAAGGACGCAAAAACAUCAGUCGUAGAGAAGGACACAAAAACAUCAGUCGUAGAGAAGGACGCAACCACAUCAGUCGUAGAGAAGGAUGCAACCACAUCAGUCGUAGAGAAGGACGCAAAAACAUCAGUCAUAGAGAAGGACACAAAAACAUCAGUCGUAGAGAAGGACGCAAAAACAUCCAUCGUAGAGAAGGACACACCGACAUCAGCCAGAGAGAAGGACGCAAAAACAUCAGUCGUAGAGAAGGACUCAACGACAUCAGUCGUAGAGAAGGACGCAAAAACAUCAGUCGUAGAGAAGGACACAACAACAUCCAUCGUAGAGAAGGACACACCGACAUCAGCCAGAGAGAAGGACGCAAAAACAUCAGUUGUAGAGAAGGACGCAACAACAUCAGUCGUAGAGAAGGACGCAAUGACAUCAGUCAGAGAGAAGGACGCAAUGACAUUGGUCGAAGAAAGGGAUGCAACAACAUCAGUCGUAGAGAAGGACGCAACAACAUCAGUCAAAGAGGAGGAUGGAAAGAAUUUAAUAGGAGAGAAUAACGCAAAGAAGUCAGUCAGAGUGGAUGAUAAAGAGAAUCCUGAUGGAGAUAAUGACGCAAAAAAAUCUAAAGGAGAGAACAACUCAAAUGAUAAAAAAGAAACAGCUUUACAGAAUGGAGCAAAUAAAAAUAAUGAACUGGAAGUGGAAGGCAAAGCAUUAAUGACUGUAAUGUCAGAAGAACUCUGAUAAUGCUGAGACAUCAGCUGGUUGUAAAGCUUUAUGGACACCUGACACCCAGACCAAUAUCAUUUUAGGAUACAAUUAUCCUCAUGGGAAUUGACCUGGGAAUGGACUUUCAAUAUGAAAAAGUACCGUAAGGUAAUGUAACCCAGAGAAAUAUGAGGAUGAUAGAAAUUUGUAUUAUUGUGUUCAUACUUCUUAUUUCUCAUGGCUUCUAACAUUCUGUACAUAUAACAUGAUUACAAAUAACUCCAUCUGAGAUUGCACACAGAGGACCACACACUGAUGGCUGUUAGAUACAUUCAUUUUAAUAAAGGCUUCUUGGUUCAGUGUC